AUGAUGUUUCUUCUGGGAGUUAUUAGUCUCGUUUUCGUGACAAAUAAAACUAUACGUUCUAUAAUUUAUCCCAAUGACACAUUUCGACAAGCAACACGACAUUCAGAUUUUUCUUAUUUCAUUGGCAGAAAGUUAAUGAUAUUAAACAUAACUGCGACAUCUUAUUCAACCGACUUAUUUACAGCUGCCCAGCUGCGAAAUGGCGCAAUUAUCCUGCAUAUUAUUGGUAUGAUAUACAUGUUUAUCGCCCUGGCUGUUGUCUGUGACGAAUUCUUCGUCCCUGCGUUGAUUGUCAUCACGGGCAAGCUUGGAAUAGCUAAAGAUGUCUCCGGGGGAACGUUCAUGGCUGCAGGCUGUUCUGCUCCAGAAUUUUUCACAAGCAUUCUGGGAAUUUUCGUCUCCAAAAGUGACGUGGGUAUCGGUACGGUAGUCGGUUCUGCUGUGUUUAACCUGUUGUUCGUUAUUGGCACGUCUGUUGUGCUAAGUAAAGAAGCAUUGGCUCUACACUGGUGGCCUGUGUUUCGAGACGUUAGCUUCUACAGCUUGUCUCUUUCGUGCCUCAUCGGAUUUUUCUCUAAUGAUAGAAUCGAAUGGUGGGAAGCUUUCUCGCUGUUCCUAUGUUAUGUGGCGUAUAUCAGCUUUAUGAAGUUCAACUGCAGAAUUGAAGAAAAGAUCAAGGAGUUUCUGACACGUUGUAAGCAUUCAAGAAACAAAGUCGAGAACAGCCAUGUGGUAUAUAGUCAACAGGUAGGUAUAGCUUGCAAAUAG